AUGAAUGAAAAAGAAAAGGAAGGACAUCAAAAAUCUGUCGAACCAGUAAAAGUUGCUUGUUUGAGCUGUUCUACAAAUUCUGACAGCGAUUUACCUAAAUACAGCGAAAUCCCGUAUUCUCAUGUUGACAAUAUGGAGAAAGGUUGUUUAUGUUUACAUUCCGAUCCAGAUCCAGUUCCACCAUACUCAAGAAGACAUCAAGAAGCUUCUAUUCACAUGGCGCAAGGAAACGGUUUCUUUAUUCUUUUACGAGAUGUCUUGUCGGCAUUAUUGUGGUUAAUUUCUGGCCGGCAAAAAUUGUGAGAAUCCCGGAAGCACAACGAAGACAGGAAAAUGAAGCUCUUCGGCUUGGUUGGUGCCUUUAUGGUUCAAUUAUAUUGAACUUUGUCUUUCUUACAAAUACCUUGUCCCCUUUAUAAAGGAAUCAAUGAAAGAAUCUGUAAGGUUAUGGUUUCAGAUUACUGUAGCAGCUGUUCUUGUCAUCGUGGCUUUCUACAUGUUUCUAUAUGUUUGUUCAUUGUUGGUGGAUUUUAUCGUUAUACUUAUUCCUCUAGUUGCUUCUGGGGGUUCUUCACUGUUUUCUGGAAUAUCUUCAUUUCUUUCUUCGCUUUUUUCUGGGAUUAGUAGUGCUAUUACGAGUGCUCUAGGUUUCAGGAUGCCGUCAGAAAGAAACGACUUGACGGCUGAUAGUUGUAUCCCAUUAAACAGCAUGUCAUCAGAGCCUGAAUAUCAAUUUAAUGAUUGUAGUGAUAAUACUUUGGAGCAACCGUCCUCUGAACAUUCUGAACAAUCUCCAGGGUUACGCCGGGAACCUGGUCAUUCUAGGGACGUUAAAAGCAGCAGGAGUUGA